AUUGUGAAUUACAAAAGUAUAAUUUUUUGUUUACAAAGUAUACAAAUUCAAUUUCUAUUUUAAAAUUAAGUUAUUAUUUUAUUAAUCAAUUGAAUAUAAUUUCCUCGAAAUGCCAAGCAUAAUUUUACAAAAAAAUGCCUUCACAUUUACCUCAUUUCAUUGAAGACAAACUCAUUCAUUCAUGUAAUCUGAACAUUUCACGAAACCAACGCUCAAAACUAGCUCUUCUUCAGAAUUUACAAUUCUAUGAAUUACAUCAAAAGAGAAUCAUAAACUUAAUCGAUCUACAACAAACCGUCCUUAGUAAAAUUCAAUAUAAAUUUGAUUCUAUAGAAUUAGAUGUAAAUGGAACAACCAUUAGCCAAGCUAGUGAUAUUUUUGCCGCUUCGAAAACUUGUCCAACUCGUGUAGUUGGCGGCAUAAUGUUUGGCAAGUAUAUCUAUCAAAAUAAAAGCGAAACGAUUGUAUAUAUUUUAAUUAAAUGCUGGAAUUCAAUGGUAGUUAUUAAAAGAGAUUCUGAAGGAUUCCAAUUACAAGCUGAAUAUGAAGAUGUAAAGACAUUCCACGUGUCCAAAGGAAGCAAUUAUCAAGUAGACAUAUCAAUCUCAUUCCUUAAUAAUAGUUGCACUGAAAUCACAAAUUUCCAAGAAAGAAGUAAAACCUCAUUUCCAAUUGAACUACCUUCAAGCGAUGUGUAUAGAAAAAUGAUUGAUAGAAUUAAGAUACAAAAGUCGGAACUCCUAGUUCAUCAAACGAUUACGAGGAAAGAAUUUGCCAAACUUAAAAACACACAACUCUUUGGCAGUAAUAUCUUAAGGACACCACUCUUAGAAGAAAUGCAAAUCCUAUCCAAAUGUGGUAAUUCAUGGAUAAAGCUUACAGCAAAUGAUGAUGUCGUCAUAGGUAUCCCUAUAGUCAACAACUGUAGCUCUCGCCUAACAAUCUUACGCAAUUUUCGAGCGGUGCUUCAAGACACCACCAAUCUGACUUACACAUUCAAAAUGUAUCAAUUGAAUAAAUCGUUUUCUGAUUUAGAAAAUAUAGAGGAGUUUUUUAAUGACUCAGAAUACAAUGACAAAUAUUCCACCAACUGCAGUUGGCGAGAGUGUUUAGAUUUAAGUUUGAGACCCGAAGCAUUUACUAUUCUAGUUCUUAAGCUAAAAAUAAAUGAACUCUUCUUUGAGCCUGAUGUAGUUAAAAUUCCAUUAUUUGUCUUCUAUGAUAUUUGCACAUCAAAUAGAACUUUCAAUCAGAAAUGUUUUAUAACUACGUUAUCCUUGCGGGAUAUAUUCUCGAAUCAGUUGUGUAGGCUUAAAUUUGAUGAAACAAAUCUGCAUCGAGAUUUGUUAACUGUUAUAUCUUCGUCAUAUAAAACUGAAGUGAGAUUAGAAUAUGUUGUAACUGGAACUGCAUUUGAGGAUUUUCUAUGCAAAAAGUUGGGUUUCUAUGCAAUUUCUCAAAAUGCAAACUCUCUUUCUGAUGCAAUGAAUGUGGAUGGACAAGAUGACGAAAUAGAUGACGUAAUAAAGAAAAAGCUUAUAUUUUACAACAAAAAUCAGGAUUCAGUUUGGCAUGGAACUUUGCUUGAAAUAUCACACAUCAAUGAGUCGUUGGCAGAUGUAAAUUUUUUUACAAAAACUUACGAAAAAUCAAAAGUUUUACUUAAACAGCUUCGAAUAGAUUUGAAGGCCAGUUUGGGUAUUAAAGAUGUACAAGAAAAUAUAAGAACACUCUCAACGAAGUUAAUAGAAUUCGAAGCUGCUUUGCGAGACGAGUGUUUAUCGUGCCUGGAAACUUAUUCGAAGAGUGCAAUGAAAAAGGAUCGAGAGGAUAUAGAUAAAAAGAAAAAAAUACAUAACAAUUUACAUAUGAAACAACUUAAAACAGAUUUGUUAUUUAAAGAUUUACUAUCAUGACAAUAAAUUUUAAUUCAGAUUUUGUA